AUGCGUCUUCAUUACCUUCCAGCCGAAGCUGCAGUCCUUUCCACCCUCCUGUUUCCACUUCUCUCCUCCGCUCUUGGAAAUCUAGACUGCAAAAAUAUAGUUGUCGACGGAAAGCACUUUGAUUUGGGGGCAUUGGGCGGGCCUCGGUCGGCAUUACAUAGCGUUGAAGAUUAUGUUGGUGAAGCAAGAGGAUGGACAAAUACAACAUACACAAUCGACAUUUGUCAAGCUAUAGUCAAGAAGGGGUUUCAUGAGUGCCCAGGUGGGACAAGAGUUUGCGGAAUAACACAUGUUAUCAACGAAGAAGAAGGAUCGGAUGCAACACAACAAAUCGUUCCCUUUGCUGGCGAAUUAGAAAAUUAUGGCGGAGGUCCUCUCGACGCUAAAUUGGAACGACUCAGUAACUCGAAAUCACAUUCAGACGCAGACAAGGACGGAUUACGUGUAGAGCUAGGCGGUGGAUUCAUCGGACGAGGGAAGAAUAAGAGACCCCAAAAGGCUAUUGUAGAAUUCAUUUGCGAUGCGAACCGAACUGGAUUGGAAAACUUGUGGGUGCCGCCAGAGCCAAAAAACAAGCCAAAGGAGAAUCUCAACGAAAGAGAAGAAAAAGGUAGUGAUGAAGUGAUUGGAGCGCCAAGUAACGAUUCAAGUCUGCAAUUCUUUAGGUUAGAUAAGGAUAAGGGCGAUGCAGAUAUCCUAAGGUUGACCUGGCGCACAAAGUAUGCUUGUGAAAAUGGACCGAAGGAUAGUGGUGAUAGUGAUAACAAGAAAAGCUCACAUUGGGGUUUCUUCACUUGGUUUAUUAUUGUCGCAUUCCUUUCCAUCGCGGCCUAUUUAAUUUUUGGUUCUUGGCUCAACUACAACAGAUAUGGCGCACGAGGCUGGGACCUUCUUCCUCACGGCGAUACGAUCCGCGACGUUCCAUACUUAUUAAAGGACUGGUCUAGAAGGGUUUUGAGUACUGUGCAAGGGGAUGGAAGUAGAGGUGGUUAUGCGGCAAAACCGACGUGGCCUUGA